CUCCGCCCCCUCCCCGACCUGUUAAACCCCUGUGCAGGAUCCUCCCACCCCUGCGCUCUUCCUAACCGAUCCUUAGAUCCAGGGUGCCCCUCCAGCCACCAUGAGGCUCUUCAUCUCACUUCCUGUCCUGAUUGUGGUCUUGGCCAUGGCUUUGGAAGGCCCUGCCCCCGCCCAGGCGACCCCUGACUUGUCCAGCGCAUUUGAGAAGUUGCCGGAGAAGCUGAAGGAGUUUGGGAGCGCUUUGGAAGACAAGACCCGGGCAGCCAUUGAUCACAUCAAACAAAAGGGGAUCCUGACCAAGACCCGGACCUGGUUUUCAGAGACAUUCGACAAAGUGAAGGAGAAGUUCAAGACCACAUUUGCCUGAGUUCCUGGGGGGCCAUCUCGCAGUAAGGGAGCCCUCCACGUGAUGUGACGGGUCCCUCCUCACCCCACACCAAUAAAAAGCCUAUAUGAACAAA